AUGAUUAUUCCCAUUUCCACGGCUUGUCGCUCUUCCCUUCUCCAAGUGUUUCCGCCGAAAAAUCCUAGUCUGUGGGCAUGCAGCUCCACAGGCAGAGGUAUUACCGCCAUUACCCGACUACACGAGACCGUCACGUAUGUACCAUUUGACGCAAAGUUUCACGGUUCGAGUCCCGCCGUGAGUGAGGAUGAGGCGAGGCGGAACAUGCUGUCCUGGAGAACAGAAGAUCAAGCCUUGUAUUGGCUCCAAGAUUAUCCGUAA